AUGUCUUUGGAUUAUGAAUUCCAAAACGUUUACCGAUUCCGUGUGCUUGUAAAAGAUAAUGGAAUACCUUCUUUAAACAGCACAGCAAAUAUUAUCAUUGAAGUCAGGGAUGAAAAUGAUAAUGCUCCAUACUUUACUUUCCCAAGUAUUAACCCUUAUACAAUGGAUUUUGUCUAUUAUCCCCAUCACACAAAUAAUAUCACUACCCUGAGGGCCUCUGACAGUGACAGUCGAGAGAACGCUUUUCUCCGGUAUGAAAUAAUUGCAGGAAAUGAAGAACAAAUAUUUAAUCUCAACCAUUAUACGGGUCUCCUGUCAUUCACUCGUGUUGUCACUCAACAAGAUGCUGGCUCAUAUGAGUUGGCUUUUGUUGUCAAAGACAGUGGUGAUCCAGUUCUGUCUGCAACAACAAAUUUGUCUUUGACAUUAACUGUUAGCAACAAGACGUUUGAAAUGACCAAGAUGGUCCACAUGAAAUCCGAGGAGAAAAUACAACUCUAUAUAAUGGUGGUCAUUGUUGUAGUUGCAGUUAUACUUUCUGUGCCAAUUACAGCUGCUAUUUCUAUCUGCAUUAUUCGAUUCAGGGACAGAAGAAAUGACCAGCACAGUGAUAGCACUAAUCCCCCUUGUAAAUGUGUUACAGAACAUGGAAACUACAUGUGUCCAUCCCAACAGGCUACUUAUUGGCCUGAUGAUAUCGUUGCCCAAUCAAAUGACCCUGAAUUGACCAGGAGUCUCUCCAGACGAUCCCGAAGAGGACCCCAUCCAGCUGAAGAAUUAGCUGGCGAUCAGAAUUUGAGGACAAAAUUCCAGGCAGAUGGUGUGUAUCAGGUAAGUGUAAACUUUUGA